AUGGGCACGGUGGUCAGGCUGCCACCCAUUGUGGAGCCACCGAAGACAAGGAAAUGUUCUCAUCCUGGAUCUGAGGCCUGCGUAGAAGUUCGUGUAAAAGAGGCCUGGAAGAGGGUCAAGUAUCAAUUGGGUGAUCAGGCUUUCAGAAACUGCGGGUUCGGUGCAAUGGGUGAGCGAGUUCUGAAGUUAUGGACUGCAGAAGAGAAGAAAAAACUUGCUGAUAUUGAGAAGUUGAUUCCUCAGAGUAAGAGUUCUGAUGAAGACUUCAUGAAGGUUGUCUUGGAGCAGUUUAGCUCAGAGAGAACAACAGAUUUGGCUAAGUAUUACUACAACGUUUUUCUUCCAAGAAGGUUGGCCAGCCUGAAUAGAACAGAGGCUACAACCUCCAUAGAUGUGAAUCCAGAUGAUGAAGGCAAUAAUCAAGAUGAUGACAACAAAGUGCAUCGCUCUGAAGAGAAGAGUAAAGUCUCUGGAUCGUCUUCCAAAAGGUCCCGGAAGUAG